AGUAUAUUAGAUGAGGCACCACCAAAUAGAUAAAUACCUUUCGUAGCAGUAAGACAGUAAUCAAGUAGCAGCAUAAAUUUUUGAAAUGUCAGACUAUAAAUGACAACUACGAGAUCAUCCUCUCCAUAAAAACCACUUCAGAUCAGUACUCCGAAAUGUAUUGCAUGAAUUCCGGGUCGGACUCAACACCCGUCAUUGUUUCCGGUGCCAGCACGGCUUCUAAAUCGACAGUCCCACCGCCGUCUCGGCCCGGAAAAGCCGAAAUCUUACCGUCAAACUUAUUGGCCCGCCCGCUUCGGACCGCAACGGGUCUGCCCCACCCGAAGUCGUUAUCGUACAUCGGGAAUCUAGGCGAGCUGCCCAUCGUGAUCAUCGCCCCGUCAAAAUUCCCCAACGGGAAACACCGCGGAUCUCUCUCCCAAUCCUCUACGUACCUCCUCACCGUAGCAUUAUCGUGCGCCUUCACAUUCUUACUCAACUGCCCGGCGCACCACCGGAGAUCGUGAGACAACACAUCGCCGGCGGUUGCGUACGUCGGGAUGCUCUGUAUGGCGUUACCGAAAUACAUCGGAUCCAGCUUUGGCUCUAAGCGGUGGCGGCAGUUCACGGCCAUGCGAAACGUCGUCGUUUGAGAUGGUGGAAGUUUCCUGGCGCGUGUGACUGCACGCCACAGCAACGCGCAGAGCGAUUGGAAAGACGAAAUCUCAUCCAUGACCGUUUCCUUUUCCGGUAUCAGGUUUAACGACGUCACUUUCGGGUCAAUUGAUUCCCCUGUUUUAUUAUUAACGGUUUCUUUCAGUUUCAAAAUUGAUUCCCGACUGAAGCUGAAUAUCCGCUCUCUGACCGGAGCGUCAAGAUUGAAGGUCACUUUGGGGCCACCGUCGGGGAGUUUCAGCACCGCCGGCGAUAUGAAAACAGAGUCCCGGCUGAAAUCCGGCCGCCGCGUGAUCCUCUCGACGCCUCUAGAAACCUCCGCAAACGUGUUGAUAAAAUGCCACAGAGAGGUGCCGUCUGUAACGGCGUGAUUGACGGAGCACCCAAUGAAGACUCCGUCGGCGAUCUCCGUCACCUGGACGGCGACCAGCGGCUGGAAAUGGCCCUGAUAGCUAACCGUCCGGUCAAAGGCGAAGAACUCCCUGACCACUUCCGGGACGUCGUGGGAGCGAAGAAUGUCACUCACCCAAACGCCGGGGUUGACUGCCUGGACAAAGUCAACCCCUGCGUCGUUGCAGGUGAUGUAAACGUAUCCGUCAGAAUCGGUGAUGAGCCUGCCGGCGAGCGGAGGGAAGUGAGUCAAGGUCUGGGCAAGCGUUUUCUUGAGCGAGGAGAUGAAAUCGGAGAUGGGAAAUGGGGGGCGAGUGAAAAGGCAGCCCUUUUGAAUGUAGUGGGUGGAGAGCAUGGGAAGAUCGGAAAAGGAAAGCUUCAAGUCCGGCAGGGUAGAUUUUUCGGCGGGGAAAAUGGUGCAUUUGUGGAGUGUGGCGGCAGGCGGCAUGGCGGCGGCCAUUACUGUUUGAUUCAAUUCUGGGUAAUUUUAGAUUUCUUAUAGAAUAGAUUGAUAAGUGGAUGUUACGUUUUCUCCUAUGAUUCUAUAUUUCUAUAGUUCUAUAUAUACAAGAAAAGAGAAAUGUGAGACAGUGGAAGGGAAAGUAUACGGCGUAGAGAAAAAUUAUACGGAAUAAAGCAUUAAAUUAUUAAAAAGGUAUAGCAAAUAGGUAGUAUAAUCAGGCUUUUAGGGGUGAUGUGUUUGACAGUGAAGCCGCACGAGUAGGUCAGUUGAUCGAGUAAUGGGAGAUUUGGAUCAAUGGAUCAAGGUUCGAAUCCCCGCAGCAACCGGAUGUAGGUCACAUAACCUGAAAUAAGGUUGGAUCUUUGGUGCGCACGGGUGUAUGGCCCUACUGUCAUUCUGCUGACUGAGUCAUCGUGACUAACCUCCCCACCAUCCUGUCGGGUCGGGGUGGGGGUCUGGGGCUCCUGGGUGGGAGAUUCCACCUUUAUUGGAUCAAAGGUUGAUUUUUUUAGAUGUUAUGUAUUAUUCCAGAUUCAAAGAUAGAUAACUUUUAAAUUGUCUAAUUUAUGUACUUCAAUCAUUA